CGGGGGCGCGCACGGCGGAGCCCGGGAGGCGGCGGCGGCUGGUGGCGGCUCCGGGCGGCCCCCGCGCCGCAGCCCGCGCUGUGUCCGCAGCGGAGCCACCCAGGUGCCCAGGAGGAUGGUGGUGACGUGGCCCUAGGGCCCGGGCUGGCAACAUGGGCCUCUGGCUGCACAUCCUGGCCAUGCAGCUGCUGCUGCUGCCCCUGGCCCCGCUGCCCACCCGGGGCUGCCCGGCCCGCUGCGAGUGCUCCGGCCUGGCACACACGGUGGCCUGUGCCCGCCGCCGGCUGACCGCCGUGCCCGAGGGCAUCCCGGCCGAGACGCGGCAGCUGGAGCUCAGCCGCAACCGCAUCCGCUGCCUGAACCCGGGCGACCUGACCGCCCUGCCCCUGCUGGAGGAGCUGGACCUGAGCGAGAACGCCAUCGCCCACGUGGAGCCCGGCGCCUUCGGCCACCUGCCCCGGCUGCGCGUCCUGAGGCUCCGCGGCAACCAGCUGAAGCUCAUCCCGCCGGGCGUCUUCACGCGCCUGGACCAGCUGACGCUGCUGGACCUGAGCGAGAACAAGCUGGUCAUCCUGCUGGAUUACACCUUCCAGGACCUGCGCAGCCUGCGCCGCCUCGAGGUGGGCGACAACGACCUGGUGUUCAUCUCCCACCGGGCCUUCGCCGGCCUGCUGGCGCUCGAGGAGCUCACCCUGGAGCGCUGCAACCUCACGGCGCUGUCCGGCGAGUCGCUGGGCCACCUGCGCGGCCUGGGCGCCCUGCGGCUGCGGCAUCUGGCCAUCGCCAGCCUGGAGGAGCAGAACUUCCAGAAGCUUCCGGGGCUGCUGCACCUGGAGAUCGACAACUGGCCGCUGCUGGAGGACGUGGCCGCCGGCAGCCUGCAGGGCCUCAACCUGAGCUCGCUGUCCGUCACCCACACCAACAUCAGCGCCGUGCCGGCCGCCGCCCUCCGCCGCCACGUGCACCUCACCUGCCUAAACCUGUCGUACAACCCCAUCCGCACGGUGCCCCGCGGAUCCUUCCGGGACCUGGUCCGGCUGCGCGAGCUGCACCUGGCCGGGGCCCAGCUGGCCGUGGUGGAGCCCCAGGCCUUCCUGGGCCUGCGUCAGAUCCGCCUGCUGAACCUCUCCGACAACCUGCUGUCUACACUGGAGGAGAACACCUUCCACUCGGUCAACACGCUGGAGACGCUGCGGGUGGACGGCAACCCGCUGGCCUGCGACUGCCGUCUGCUGUGGAUCGUGCAGCGCCGCAAGACGCUCAACUUCGACGGGCGCCUGCCGGCCUGCGCCACCCCGGCCGAGGUGCGUGGGGACGCCCUGCGCGUCCUGCCCGACUCCGCGCUCUUCGAGUACUUCGUGUGCCGCAAGCCCAAGAUCCGCGAGCGCCGGCUGCAGCGGGUGGCGGCCACCGCGGGCGAGGACGUCCACUUCCUGUGCCGCGCCGAGGGCGAGCCGGCGCCCAGCGUGGCCUGGGUGAUGCCCGGGCACCGCGUGGUGACCGCCGCCGCCGCCACCGCAGCUCACGACGACGACGGCCGGGCACGCGUGCUGCGGGAGGGCACGCUGGUGGUCCGCGACGUGCGGCCGCAGGACAGCGGCACGUACACGUGCGUGGCCAGCAACGCCGGCGGCAACGACACCUACUUCGCCACGCUGAUCGUGAGGCCCGAGCCGGCCGCCAACCGGACCCUGGGCGAGGGGCGCAACGAGACGCAGCUGGCGGCGGCCCGCUUCCCGCUGGACCUCACCACCAUCCUGGUGUCCACGGCCAUGGGCUGCGUCACCUUCCUGGGCGUCGUCCUCUUCUGCUUCCUCUUGCUUUUCGUCUGGAGCCGCAGCCGCGGGCAGCACAAGAACCACUUCUCCGUGGAGUACUCCUUCCGCAAGGUGGACGGGCCGGCCGCCGCCGCCAGCCAGGGGGGCUCCCGCAAGUUCAACAUGAAGAUGAUCUGAGGGUCCCAGUGGACCCCAAACCCUGGACGCCCCACGUCCGCGUGACCCAUCUAUGCACCUUCCAGCCGGGGGGAGUCCGGGCGCAACGUCCCUCCUCCCCGCUUUGGGUAGCGCCCCAACCGCAGGCCCGAGUGACUGU